AUGACAUCUAUUACUCAGCUACUUUCCCCGUGGCCGGUCUCUAAGCAUUCAAUAGUCCUGCGCGAACAACACUAUCCUCCACCACCUCAAUCAUCCAUCCUGCCGGACCACCUGGACAGCAUGCCACAGCACCAUCCCUCACCUCCACAAGAUCCUGCGCACAACGACACCGUGACCGGCAGUGCAGAGAGCGACGGGGGCGAGAACAAUGGCGACGGUCGUAAAGGCUAUGGCAAGCGCGAGCUGAGUACCAGCAAGAGAGCUGCGCAGAACCGAGCCGCCCAAAGGGCUUUUCGACAGCGAAAAGAGGGCUAUAUCAAGAAGCUCGAAGAGCAAGUGCGAGAUUAUCAGGUUUUGAGCGAAAACUUCAAGGCUGUUCAAGCCGAAAACUACCAACUUCGAGACUACAUUAUCAACCUCCAAUCUAGAUUAUUAGAGUCACAAGGCGAAGUACCACCGCCUCCCAGCAAUGUUGACGGACUGCAACCCGGCAAAGUCGGUCCUCAACAACCGGGCACCCUGCCCCGUCUAUCAGAAUUGGGCGCGGUUGGUCAACCGCAGGAUGGUCUCAGUAGCCUGCACCAUGAACCUCAUCGCAGCGGCUAUCCCGACCCCACCUAUUCGGAGUCUCCUGUCGCAAAACGCCCGAGAACAGGUUCAGCUGAGAUGACACCCUCCCAAGCAGCAUUGCAAGGACCGGCCAUUCUGUCGCAGCCGCCUACGGGUGCGCGAUGA